CGGUAUUUGAAUGUUCAAAAUUAUUCACACCCUCUCUCUCUCUUUCUCUCUCUAGUUUCUCUCUCUACUGUGACUUCUUCUCCUUCUUCUCCUUUUUCUUCUGCUCAGCUGAACAAUAAUGCAACCUAGGGUUUCGUAAUCGUAGGUCCCUCUUCUUCUUCGAACCUUCCCAAUCUCACUUUCUUCAAUUUCACUCUUCACUCUCUCUCUCUCUCUUCCUCUGUUCUCGUCUUCUUCCUCUCGAGAAUUUCUCAUUUCAACCGAUUUUCCAAAUUCGAUUCAACUUCAAUUUCAAAUGCAGAAUCGAAAAGGAAGCAAGCAGGUUCGUAGAGACAGGAAGCUUCAGAGGUUUCCUUCUGAGUCUGAUUUUCGCGGUGGUGGAGUUGCAGAUAUAUAUUCGAACUCGUUUCAAUUGGGGUCGAGGUCGAGAUCUUCCACAGAACGGUUCGGAACACCCAUUAAGAAGUUAUUAGCUGCGGAGAUGACUGGUGAAACUGAUUCCAAAAGAAGAGCCCCUGGUGUUGUUGCCAGACUAAUGGGUCUUGAUGGUCCUCCUUUGCAGUUGACUAAGGAACAUAAGGGUUCCUCUGAGAACCAUCUGAAGAGGACAGAACAAGUGGGGAAAACGGGAAGCAGUGCUGAAUUAUAUGAUGGUGGGUCAUCUAGGAGGAGCUCAAAGGAUCAAAUGGAGUGUAAGGAUGUAUAUGAGGUCUCGGAGAUUGCAAAGGUAGAGAGCGGUAGGUUCUCAUCACAGCCAAAGAGGUCUGCAGACUUGAAGAGCACUGAUGCUGAAAUGUCAUUCAGUGACAACAAGUUCAUGGAUGCCAAGCGCUUAGCAACUUAUCAGGAUCUACAGUAUUCGCAGGAUUCCCAUGAUGCACUUGGGAUUCUAGACUCUGACAAUGGUCUUCUGCAUGAAUACUCCAAGCGGCCAGAUUCGUUGUUUAAAAAGCAUCUUGAUAAUCAGCAGGCUUCCCCUCUCCAAUCCAAUUCUGGUCCCAGAGAAGCUAAGAAAUUGUCAGCUAUAGAGAAUUUUGAACUCUGCGACUUCAGCUGGAAGUCAGAUAGGGAGAUGAUAGGGUUGAAUUACAAUAGCUCUCGUGAGAAGCAUCAUGAUGGUUUUACUUGCGGCUUUGAUAGAAGACAUGCGAUGCAUAGUUUACCAAAGUCAUCCAAGCUUCAGUUUAAGGGAAUUGAUGAACCUGUUGCAGCCCCGACAAGGAUUGUUAUUCUAAAGCCUAAUCUCGGAAAAGUGCAGAGGGCUACCAAAAUUGUUUCAACACCUCGUUCUUCUGAUGCUUUUCAGUCACAGUGGGAAAAGCGUGCUGAAUUUCCAGAUGUCAGAUUUAGGGACAUUGAAAUGAGUCAAAAGAAAAGUUUGGGUAGUACUGCCAGGCAUUCAAGGAACAAAUCUUUGGAAUAUAGAAAAGUUGCAAAGGAAAUCACUAGCCAAAUUAAAAAUAAUUUGGAUAAUGGCUCCAUGGUAUUUUCAUCUUCUAGACUUAGAGGAUAUACUUGGGACGAUAGCUCAUGCGAUUUUUCUGGGAUUGAAUCUCCAGAGAAGUCAGAUGUAACAACUGCAACUUUGGGAAAUCCGUCUGAUAAAAGUAAUACUCCCAGGCCAUCUCCCCGUUGUAGUGAAUCAUCUGUGAGUAGAGAGGCGAAGAAGAGACUAUCAGAGAGGUGGAAAAUGUCUCAACAAGGCCGAUCCAUCUGCAGGAGCAGCACACUGGCUGAAAUGCUUGCUGUCCCUGACAAGGAAACAAAAGCAGCUAUUGUUGACAGCAUCUCUAAUGGAAAAAGCUUCCAUGAUAAACUUGCCAGCAAUGGUAAACCUGCUGGGUGGGUUGAGCCAGUCGGUAUCAGCAGCAGAGAUGGUUGGAAGGAUGGGUUUAUUGACAGUUUACCAAGGUCUAAGUCUCUUCCUGCCUCAUCUACUCCAUUUGGAAGUCCAAGAACAUUCUUGCGCCAUGAAGCACUUCGUGAUGAUCGACACAUGACACCAAUAAAAUGGGAAAGGAAGAAGGUGGUGAAAUGUCUUGAUCACAGACAGUGUGUGAAUACCAGACGCUCAAAAUCUGGUCACAAGAAGUCUUGGCCUUCUUAUUCCUCAAACAUAGAAGGUGAUGCGUCGUCUUCACCAGACAUAAGUUCUAUCCACAAUAAAGUGAAGAUCAAUCUUGAAGAGGAUUUGCCCAAGCAAGAAGUUCUAGCCAUUGAAUCAUUUGCUGAGAUACGCAGAGAUACUAGUGCAGUUACUUUUAAUGUUGUGGAUGUGACAAAUGAAAAUGCAGCUGGGUUAUCUGAAUCUUCUGAUAAGGAACUAUCAGUUGGGUCUUCCAGUAGAAAUUCAGCCCCCUUUCAACCACCGGUACCUAGACUAGAAUCUUCAAGCAGCAAAGUUACAAAUCAUCCCAGUCCAGUCUCAGUCCUAGGAUCUUCUCUUACUCAUGAUCUGUCAUCACCUGGUUCUGAAUGUUUUGGAAGUCUGAGUGAUGACUUAAAAGGACUUCGAAUGCAAAUCCAGUUGCUGAAGUCGGAAUCUGGAGACAAUGUGGAAGGAUCCGCGCAUGUUUCAAAUGAUGAAGAUGGUGGGGAAUCAUCUACUGGAAUUUUAGAAGACAAGGGAUUACAUAACUCUGAAGAUAGCUGGGAGUCUUCCUACGUGAUUGAUGUUUUGUCUGAAGCUGGUAUUGACAUAGCUCAGCCUGAAGAAGCAUUUUUGGAAGUUUGGCGUUCUCUGGAAUGCUCUCUGAGUCUUUCAGUGUUUGAUGAACUAGAAAUGAGGUACUCUGAUUGGACCAUUUGCUCAAUGUCUGAAAGGAGAUUGCUUUUUGACCGUAUAAACUCUGCACUUGUCGAUAUACAUGACCAAUUCAUGAGUGGCAGUGUACAGCCAUGGGUAAGCCCCGGAGCCACAAGUUUAUGUUUUAAAUUAAAUGGAACUGGGCUCCUAGACUGUCUGUACAGUAUUCUGGGGGGCCAAGGAAAAUCAAAGGAUAUCCCUCUGGACAAUGCACUGCUGGAUAGCCAGUUGCUGUGGUUCAAAUUAACAGAUGACAUUGAGGACGCAAUAGCUAGGGAAAUUGAGAAAGUGCUGUUCGUUAGCCACUUGCAGUGGUUCAACUUAAGAGAUGCCAUUGAAGAAAUAGUUAAGGAAACUGAGAGCUUGUUAUUAGAUGAUCUAGUGGCAGAGAUAGCCAGUACAUAGCAUAGGCAUUUCAUACCGGAACAUAUUUGUUUGCCUACAACAUAAAUGAAGUUGUGGUUGUUUGGAGAGUCGCUUGCGAGGUGGAUUGUGCGUACCUGGUGGUGGCCCUUGAUGAUGUCGCAGGGGAUAGAUUUUGAGAAAUCAGGUUUCUGUUCCAGCAGGAUUGGAGGGCGUCUGUUCACAAAAUCCAGCAGCAAUGUAAUUCGGAGGCAGAUUGCGUUUCGGUGCUCGCUCCAUGGUUCCAAGAGCUAACUGUUGCGUAGCUUUCUUUUGCGAUGAAAAAUAAAAACAAAUUGUAAAAUGGUAAUUCAUCAGAAAGUGAAUAAAAGGAAACAUUUUUUUCGCUUUAGGUGAAAAUGAGCAUACCAAUCAUUCAAGAGAAAGUGGAAGAAAGCUAUAUUAACAGUGAUAUACUAUGCAUACUGUCUAAAUUCAGACGGGAAAUGUUACUGGCUUCGACUGUUGUCAGCUGUUAAAACUUGGUGGCACUCAUUUCUUUUGGGAACAUAAAUAGGAGCUGUUUAUUUCUGUUCAUAAGUUGAUUGUAACUCUGAGCAUACAUGAGCCAUAUUCCAAAAGAAAUGAAAUGAUUCAAGUCCGAAUAGAAAUAGUGAUUUUACUGGUGGAA